AUGGUUCAAGGUAAAACUUAUAAAACAUCAAGUGGUCAAUAUGUUUCAAAAGAUAAUAUUAUGACAAUUGAUAAAAAUACAGUAAUACAUUCAUUAACUAAAGAACCACUACAAAUCGAUUGGGAAAAAAUGAGUAAAUCAAAAUAUAAUGGUAUUGAUCCAGAAGAAAUAAUUAAUCAAUAUGGAGUAGAUUUUACAAGAAUACUUAUGCUUACAUUUGUUCAUCCAAGAUCAUUACGCAAUUUUAAUUUGGAAGAUGGUAUUGCUGAUGGUUUACAAAAUUGGUUUAAAAUUUUAAUUAAUCUUUAUGUUGAAUUAAUUGAAUCUCGAACAAAAUCAAAUAUAAAAUCAUCAAUAACUAAUAAAGAAUUUAAACAAAUUGAAAUAGAUUUACGUGAACAACGAUUAAAUACUAUUUAUACAGUUGCAUUUUAUAUCGAUAGUUUUUUUAGUGUAGCAUCAGCUGUAAUUGAAUUACAAAAAUUAACACGUUAUCUACGAAAAGUUCCAAUAAAUAUUAAACAACAAUCAAAUGAAUAUAUAAGAUGUCUUUGUGAUUUAUUAGUUAUGAUUGGACCAGUUAUUCCAUUUCUAUCAUCAGAACUUUGGACAAUUUUACAACAACAAAUAAAAUCAAAUGUCGAUGAUUAUGAUCUAAGUAAAAGUUUAUUUGAACAAAAUUAUCCAAAAUUACCAGAUGAUUAUCCAGGCAAAAUAAAUGCUUUAUAUGAUUCAACUAUAUUUGCUUCGAUGCCAAUAUCUCGAUCACUUCUUUCAUCUUUAUCAACAUCUGAUGUUCUACAAUAUUUAAAUGAAAACGAUCAUCAAUCACAAAUGAAAAUGUUUAUUGCAAACAAUGGUCUAAAACUUGAUCGCUUACGUAAAUUAGGGGAUUAUUGUGCAACACUUAUUUAUGAACGUGAUCCAAAUGUAACUAUUAUUGAACAACCAGAACCUAUAAAUGAUAAGAAAAAAAGCAAAACAUUAAAAAAGAAAAAUGUUUCUUAA